GCAACCAUGUUACACGCAUUUUAUAAAUUUAUUUGCCGUGUUGCCGAUAAAGCAGUGUAUCCGUUGUUGCCAGCAUUUGCAAAACCGGCUUGGAAUCAUCCAGCUGGCCCAAAAACCGUUUUCUUCUGGGCACCAACAAUCAAAUGGUGUUUGGUUGCUGCUGGUCUGGCUGAUCUAGCUAGACCUGCCAAUAAACUUAGCGCGUAUCAGAAUAUGGCACUGUUUGCUACCGGUGCGGUUUGGACACGAUACUGUUUUGUCAUCAUUCCAGUAAACCUAUAUCUGGCCAGCGUUAAUUUCUUUGUAUGUUGCACUGGUGUUAUUCAACUGCUUAGGAUUGCCUGCUAUCAGAAUAAAGAAUUGUUGGAAGAAGACAUCACAAAAAUAACUUGUUGA